GGGAGAUAGCAUAAAUCUUCGUAGACAACUUGGCUGCAAGCAGUUAAACCGAAAUUAACUUCUGCCUUCUGGCUGCAGAGUGCUAGUCUGACGUUCCUGCGUGAUACUCUGCAGACCGAAUCAUGCCAGCGUUAUCAACUGGAUCUGGAAGUGACACAGGUCUGUACGAGCUGCUGGCUGCAUUGCCAGCCCAGCUGCAGCCACAUGUGGACAGCCAGGAAGACCUGACCUUCCUCUGGGAUAUGUUUGGUGAAAAAAGCCUUCAUUCACUAGUGAAGAUUCAUGAAAAACUGCAUUAUUAUGAAAAACAGAACCCGGUGCCCAUACUCCACGGUGCAGCAGCCUUGGCAGAUGAUCUGGCUGAGGAGCUGCAGAGCAAGCCACUGAGCAGUGAGAUAAGAGAACUGUUGAAACUCCUCUCAAAACCCAAUCUCAAGGCUUUGCUCUCUGUACAUGAUACUGUUGCUCAGAAGAACUACGAUCCUGUCUUGCCCCCCAUGCCUGAUGAUAUUGAUGAGGAAGAAGAUUCAGUCAAAAUAAUCAGACUCGUCAAAAACAGGGAACCAUUGGGGGCUACUAUUAAAAGGGAUGAACAUACUGGUGCAAUUGUGGUGGCCAGGAUAAUGCGUGGAGGAGCUGCAGAUAGAAGUGGUCUUAUUCAUGUUGGUGAUGAACUGAGGGAAGUCAAUGGGAUUCCCGUAGAUGAUAAAAAACCUGAAGAAAUAAUACACAUUUUGGCUCAGUCUCAAGGAGCAAUUACAUUUAAAAUUAUACCUAGUGUGAAGGAAGAAAUGCCAGUGAAAGAAGGCAAGAUGUUUAUCAGAGCCCUAUUUGACUAUGAUCCUAAUGAGGAUAAAGCAAUUCCUUGUAAAGAAGCUGGACUUGCUUUCAGAAAAGGAGAUAUCCUUCAGAUCAUGAGCCAGGAUGAUGCAACCUGGUGGCAGGCCAAACAUGAAGGUGAUGCCAAUCCCAGAGCAGGCUUGAUCCCUUCAAAGCAUUUCCAGGAAAGGAGAUUUGCACUAAGACGACCAGAAGUGCAGAUUCAGCCACUGAAGAUUUCCAACAGAAAAUCAUCUGGUUUUAGAAGAAGCUUUCGUCUUAGCAGAAAAGAUAAAAAAACAAACAAAUCUAUGUAUGAGUGCAAGAAGAGCGAUCAAUAUGAUACAGCAGAUAUCCCAACAUAUGAAGAAGUUGCAAAAUAUAGACGACAACCUAAUGACAAAUACAGACUUGUAGUUUUGGUUGGUCCUGUGGGGGUUGGGCUGAAUGAACUUAAACGGAAAUUGCUGAUCAGUGACACCCAGCAUUACGGGGUAACAGUGCCACACACUACCCGACCAAGGAGAAGCCAAGAAAGUGACGGUGUCGAAUACACUUUCAUUUCCAAGCACUUGUUUGAGACAGACGUACAGAAUAACAAGUUUAUCGAGUACGGCGAGUAUAAGAACAACUACUAUGGUACAAGUUUAGAUUCUGUUCGAUCCGUUCUAGCUAAAAACAAAGUUUGCUUGUUGGAUGUGCAGCCCCAUACAGUGAAACACUUACGGACAUAUGAAUUUAAACCAUUUGUUAUAUUUAUAAAGCCUCCGUCACUUGACCGUUUGAGAGAGACCAGAAAAAAUGCCAAGAUUAUUUCAAGUAAAGAUGAUAAGGGAACUGCAAAACCCUUUACAGAAGAAGAUUUUCAAGAAAUGAUUAAAUCUUCCCACGUGAUGGAGAGCCAGUACGGCCACCUUUUCGAUAAGGUGAUAGUCAACGAUGACCUCGCUACCGCUUACAGUGAGCUUAAAACAACUUUUGACAGGUUGGAGACUGAGACCUUCUGGGUUCCCGUCAGCUGGCUACAUUCAUAAUAACGUUUUAAAUAGACAAAACAUCUGCUGUUGUCUCAGCAUCUGAAUAUGGGGCACGGUUAGGCAUUAAUUGAUGGCCGUUUUCUUGGUAGGAGGGCUUUCUAACUCUACCUGAGCAGCAGGUACACUCUUCAUGCACUCGGAACUGGUCUUGUUUUCCUGUGUCUUCAAUCCUCCUGCCCACAAUUUUGGGGCGGAACAGUCAGAUUAAACCGAAGUCUUACUAUGCUCCCUAAAGUGAGCGAAUACUAGUGUAACAAAACUGCCAAACACCUCUGUAUCAUCAUCUGUGUAUUUCCAAGGUAAGCUUUUUUAACGGAGAGUUUGCAGAAGAUACUGAUUAAUACUGGAGAUCAGCACUUUGGUGGCUUUAAGCGUAACUCCUCCCAUAAAGAGCCCAUCAGCACUGGGAAGUUAUUACCCCUUAAGUGCUUGAGAGAACUGAAACAGGCAAAAGCGACCAACAUUUUUAUGAGGAAGACAUUGUAGUUUUAAUUACGUAUCAAGAUAAGUGUUUUUACUUUUCUAGAUGUGAACCUUGUCUUAUAUGUACAGAGUGAUUUUAGUAUUCCUUUGCACUUACAUAGUCAUGGAAAGAAAGAUGUAUUCAGUGGCUUAAUUGUGAAGUACUCUGCUGUGAGCAUGCAUGGAUUGAAAAUAUUUUCACGCAUGCUUUGUGGCGCAACAAAGAAAACUCACGGGAAUAUUUAUUUAAAUAGGGAAAAAUGUGAGUUACUAUGUAUAUAACUUCAAAGUCUUUGGGAUUAAUCUUCUGUAAAAUCAGUGGCAAAGUGAUAUGAAUAGCAACAAAGUAGAGAGUAAAUUUCAAACAUUUUUGGCAUCCUUUAGAACAAUUUUCCCCAUCAGAAAUUUUCAAACAACUAGCGAGGAAACCUUGGAGAUCUGGGAAGCAGUUGCAGGAGAUUAAUUCUUUUUGUUGUUCAGUAUGUAGUGAUGCUUUUUAGUAGUGUAACAGAUAUUUUGUCUCCACUCAAAAAUAAAUUAAUGCUGUAGACUUCGCUGUAAAAAA